AAGAAGGAAUCUAAAUCUCUUCUCUCCAGAAAAACAGUAGAAAUGCCCAGCAGCAUCUUCAUCGCCCUUCAAUGUUGUCAAUGCUCCAUCAUGCAGGUGAAGCAGCGGAGGAAGAGCAGCAACAAGUGGACCUGCGUGGUAUGCAACCAGAAACAGUCCGUGAAGAAGGUGUUCGCUCAAGGCCACGUGGCGAAGGACCUCCGCCUCUUUGUGCAGUCCUUUAACAUUUCCCGCAAAGCAACUGACUGUAUCUCUUUCAACAACAAUGAUAAUGAUAAUAAUAAUACUGGUUUGGCUCAGGGGAGCGAGAGGAAGAGGCGCACUGAUUGGAGGGAGUACCUCGAUCUCCCGGAUCCCAACCAGAAACUAAAUCAAGAAGAAGAAGGUGGGGAUUUUGAGCGUAGGGUUGUGACGGAGUUGCCAAAAGAAAUGUUGAAGAAGCCUAAAUUGAAGAAGUAUGGAGGUGGGUCGGGUAAUGGAGAAAGUGAUGAUGACAAAGAGGUUUACAAGCCGGUUUUUCCAAAGAGAAAUAACAUCAAUAAGCAUGUGGCAAAAAGCACGUCAUCGUCGACCAAUUACUCUGCAGAUAACAAGAUGAACAUGAAGACUUCCAAAUGGAAUGGUUACAUGACAAUAGAGGAUGAUGGCUUGCUGCUCGGUACAAGGGAAGAAGAUGAAGUCCACCCUGAUUUUGGCUUGCUGCUUGGUACAAAGGUAGAAGAUGAAGUCCACCCUGAUUUUAUGUGAAGCUUUCUGCUUCUUUAUCGUGACAUCUCCAACUCUACAUGUUUUACUUCUCUAAGCAUAUUAAAGCUUAGACAGAGAGAUCAGAAUU